AUGCGUACCAACAUAUGCCUCCUCGCUGUACUUGGAGUGGCCCCUGCCCUCAUCGCCGCUGGCCCUAUCCCCCAGACACCCGCGGUCCCUGUGGGCAUUUACGACUACUCAAUUGGUACCCGUCCCGGGGGCCCUAGCCGAGGGGAGCAUGGCGAGGACGAGUCUGUCUGUGGCCUUGUAAACCCGUGCGAAUACCUUGAAGCCGAUGGCAAUUUUGACGUCCCCCGACGCCUUGGUAGACCCGGAGCUCCAGGUGAGGGCGAGGGUGAAGGUGAGGGUGAGGGUGGUCGCGUCAAGCGCCAGCAGGAGCCGAGGGAGCCCUUUGUCUGCGUCAACUGCGACGCCCCCGUCAACCGCGACCUCUUGUCGUGCGCCGGGACCCGCGGUUGGCAGGUGAACUGCGACCUGCCCAAGUUCUCCAACCUCGUCAUCUGCGGCGGUGACUGCCAGAGGGCACCCCCGCCUCCACCACCUCAGCCAACCAAGGUCCCUGAGCCCGAGAAGACGCCCGAGCCCGAACCCGAGCACCAGGCGCCCCCUCCUCAGGCUGAGUACAAGGAGCCUCCUCCCGCGCCUGCCCCGGAGCCGGAGCACGUCCACCCUGCCGGCGGUUACAACCAGACGAAGCCCAACGAGGAGCCUCCCAAGGAGCCCGCCCACGUCCAUCCUGAGGGCGGCUACCCAGCCACGAAGCCCGCUGAGGAGCCCGCCCAUGCUCCUGCUCCUGCCCCGACCCAGGAGCCCCCCCACCCGUCCGGCACUUACCACACCUCGCCUCCCCCGCCUACCCAGGAGGCCUACCCUCCCGCGCCACAAGGCAACCACCACGAGGAGCCCAAGCCUGAAGAGCCCAAGCAGGAGCCCGUCGCCGAGCAGGCCCCCGCUCCCGCCCCGGCCCCUGUUCACAGCUACCAGACCGUCGCCGCACCUGCUCCGGCCGCUGAGGAGCCCAAGCACGAGGAGCACUCCGCCCCCGCUGCUGAGCAGCCCAAGCACGAGGAGCACAAGGACCAUGCCUCUCCCGCCGCUGAGGAGCCCAAGCACGAGGAGCACAAGGAGCACUCCGCCCCCGCCACCGAGGAGUCCAACCACGAGGAACACAAGGACCACGCCGCGCCGGCCGCUGAGCCCGCCGCUGCUGCCCAACCCGCCCCUCUGGAGUCAAAGCCCGAGACCAAGCGCCGCAAGGGCAAGAUGACCCCGGCCGUCGGUGGUGACUAUGGCCACCUCAAGCAGCAGUAA